CAAACAUUUAUACAUAUUUUUGACAGGCAUCCUGAUAAAAGUGAACAUCCAGAGGCUAGCACAGUAUUUGUUAAAAUCAAGCAGGCAUACGAGUUACUGAGUGACGCUGAUCGCCGCCGAAUCUACGACCAACAUGGAAUACUCAAUGAAGACUCCUAUUAUUUUCCACCGAAAAGCGAUCUGAACAAAGGUCGUUCUUCAUCAGAUCAAUUUGAAAACUUUUUUGGAAACCAAUUCAGUGGCGACAAUGAUAUUAGUUUCUAUCACAAAAUCUCCAUAAGCGGAAAAAACUAUGACAAAAAAGUAGUUUCAAAAAGCAAAACCAUACCACACCUUGUGAUUUUCUAUAAUGACUGGUGUUUUCGUUGCACGCGACUAAUAAGCUCUUUUAAAAAGCUUAUCAACGCUUUGGAACCAUUAGGCAUUUAUUUUGCGGCGGUUAAUGCAGCGUAUGAACCUCUUUUAGUAAAAAAGUCGGGCGUGAGUGAUAUACCUAGUGUGAUACUAGUACUCGAUGGACAUAGUUACGUAUAUCGAGAAAAUAUUUAUACAUUGGCCAAAAUUAAAGAAUUCGUAAGGAAAAAAAUGCCCCAUUCAAUAACCCAAAGAAUCGAUGACAACAAUGUGGAUGAAUUUUUGGGAGGCUGGAUGGAUAACCGCGUCCGUGCGCUGGUUUUUGAACCUAGAAACCGGACAAGAUUGCGAUAUUUACUAAGUGCGUACGCUUUUCACCAUAGAGUUGCAUUCGGAUUAGUUCACUUAAAUAGCAGUACAAGUUUACAAAUUCAAAUUCGAUAUGAAGUUAGCACAAUCCUGGAUACUCUUCUCGUAUUUAAUGAGGACUUCCACAGGCCUUUAGCCACGAUUUCCCUGCCUGAGAUUCCCGUUAAAACUUUAAAUCAAAUCAUAUCAUCAAAUCAAUAUCUAAUGCUACCAAGACUCUCAUCGCAACAAGUUAUGGAAGGGGUAUGUCCAGCGGAAUGGAGCCGUCCUCGAAAACGUUUAUGUGUUAUUCUUAUUACCGAAAACAAUGACUCAUACAAUCACGCUCGUAUUAAUUUCCGAAAUAUUGCUCUUCAGACUGAAUACAGUAAAGAGAGAGUUAGAUUCGCUUAUAUGUUCAAGAAUAAACAAAUUGAUUUCAUUAACGCGAUCUCCAAAGGAGCUGAAACAAAUCAAGUCUAUCAAAUUGUAAUUAUUUGGCGGUGCGAUCAAACUCAUUUAAAAUAUGAAUGGAUAAAGGUAGCCCAGCUUAACAUGGAAUCGAACCUAUAUGAUUCAAAUGAAUAUGUUAUAAACGUCACAAAACGGCACCUCGACAAAACAAUACAAAGGCUCUUAAAAGCAGGUGAGGCCUUCAGAUUCGAAGCUUUUGUUGAGAACCUUUUUGAUGAGCAUUCACAAACUUUCAUCAAUAAAUGGCUAGCUAAAUUCGGAUAUUUAUGCGAAUAUUUGAUUGACCACCUGGAAAAACAACAUAUCCUCGCCAUGUUAUCUCUCAUUGGAACAGUCGUGUUCAUGUUUNUAAAUGGCUAG